ACCGCAUGAUCAUAAUUUCUAGACUUUUAAAUAUGUCAUAAGUUUUGUCUAUGCCCUGGUUGUUGAAAACAAACCGAUAGAAAUAGAGGGUAGAUGGAUGCAUGCUACCUACUUAUGCUCGCUACCGUAGGAGCAGCCUGAGUUUUUUUGACAGCUUUUGGCAUGAGAGCAUUCGUCAUUUCUCGAGGAUAAAAGGUGAAGAAGGGAGAGUGUGUGUUUCAGUCGAACAAAAAAUUGGACGUUGGAACAAACCGAAGCGCUACCGCAUCUUUAUUCCCUCCGUUCGUGAGACACAAUCAUGUGGUGGUUGCCAAACCCCUGCUGGUAUUUAUUUCGUCUCUCCCAAUCGCCGUUGGGGAAGACGGAGGAUCCCUGAGUUUUUCCAACCCUUCAACUUCCUAAAGUAAGCGUCAUACAACAUACAACUUACACACACGGUACAUACAUGCACACACCCAAACAUACAAAUCAAAUAAUUAAAGAAAGUCUUCGAAGAUGAACAACGYCUAUAAUUGCAUGUAACAACAGACGUACCGUAUCGCAUUGCCUAGAGUUCUAUUGCAGCUUACCAGCGAAGACACAUAGMCAUUCAUCCAUAACAACACGCACUGAGCAACCUCGUGUGUUUGAACACAGAAUAUUUUGUCCACAACGAAAUCGGAUAGUUUGUAUUACCAACCCACGCUCUGGUCUCUGUGAAUCUUGUCUUGCAGUAACAUCUCGAGAACGAAGCGCCAAUCCAAACACCUCCUUCAUAGCAUUUCAUCGGAUCGAAUUGGAUCGUGUUCGUGCCAUUGCGUAUUGCAUUACUGCAUCAAACGGAACCAAUUCAGCGGGAACAAACGAGCUGGACCAAAGCGCCUCUGUUGAAAACCAAUCCACGGUAAAUCCAUAUUAAACUSCAUCGUGCUACGGAAUUGUACAUCAUUGCGAACGAAACCACAACCAGCAACAGAUUUAGCACCGAGAGCGGCGAGACCAAAGAUUCAGGAACACUGCAUUACUCCUUUYAUUUCUAUCGCCACCAAUAACUUUCGAACAAAUUGCCCAAGAGCAAAAUAAUAGAAACAGAACACAGGACCAGAAUAAUAUACACGCCACACCACGAUCAAAAUGGCACCGCAAAUCAAAAAGGCCAAGUCGGCCUUUCUGUUUUUCCAAGGAGACCAAUUGUCAAAGAUUCGGAAAGAGAAGGGACUUGCGAUGGGAGAAGCCAUGACGGAGGUGAGUGUUGGAUGAUUCAAUGGUCCGAUUUGGAUCAAUGCACUUCGAAAUCAACCGAUCGAAACAAAUCGGCCAAUCCACCWAAGCCAAUGAUGAGGUGAAGACUCGGAUCAUUCUCAUGUAUAAAGCYGCGGUUUGCUCACACUUUUAUUUUUUUGGGUGCGCUUUCGUUUCAAUGGAUCGGCGUCCUCCGAAUACCAAAAUCCAAUGCAACAAAACGACAAUCGAAUCAAAUCAAAUCGAAUCGAACCGAACCGAACCGUUGACGCAAAAUGUACAGCUUGCCGCUCGAUGGAGAGCGAUGAACGACAGCGAAAAAUCGUCGUACUUUGCCUCGGAACGAGCCGACCGCGAACGCUUCGAGAUGGAAUCGGCCAAGGCCGACCAGGAACGCCUGGCGCUCCAAGAAAAACGACGCGCCGCYCUGGUGGUCCAGGAGGGCGAGACCGCGGGGAGCCGGGGAGCCCGCCAAAAACUGGACAGGGAACGCCGGGAACGGGAGGCCGACAAAGAACGCCGCCGGAUACGCCUGGAAGAAGAAAUGGACGACGACGAGCGGGAGCGCCGACGAUUGGCCGAGGCCGAAAAGAAACGAGAGACCGAGGAACGCCGCAGGCAACGGGCCGAACAAGAAAAGGCCCUUGCGAAGCAGCACGACAAACUCGACAGGGAACGCCAAAAGAAGGCAGCGAACCGACUCGAAUAUUUGUUCAAGCAGUCCCCCAUCUUUGCCAAGCUCCGCCAGGGUGAGGGGUCCAUGGAGGAAGCCACGGACGCCGAGGCCGAAGCCAAUGCAUCGAAGAAGAGACAGAAACGUUCCAAAGGAAACAACAAGCCUCACCACGUGCACGACGCCGAUAKUGCCGAUGAAGAAAUAAACGACGAAGACGACGGAGGAGACGGAGACCAGCAUGUUUUCUUGACAAAGCAACCGAGUUGCAUUAAGUUUGGCAAGCUCAAGCCCUAUCAAAUGGAGUCCCUCAAUUGGAUGAUUCAUUUGGCCGAGAAGGGCCUGAAUGGAAUUUUAGCGGACGAGGUACGUGRGCUGGAUGACGAGAAGCGACCAAAUGAACGAUACGAACACGAUGCCGCCUUCUUUUGUUCGUUGAGAUAGCCAUGUCACAAGUCGCUUUUUCUUCUUUUCUCAGCUUUCUUUUUUCCCUCGUUUUUGAAUUGUGUUCUCUGAUGCAUCACUACAUGUCAUAAACUCCGACAAUAGAUGGGCCUYGGAAAGACCCUCCAGUCCAUUUCUAUCCUAGCCUAUCACUGGGAAUACCUUCGUAUUCAGGGGCCGCACCUGAUCUGCGUUCCGAAAUCCACCCUUUCCAACUGGAUGAACGAAUUGAAGCGRUGGUGCCCGGMCCUCCGAACAAUACGUUUCCAYGGAUCCCGGGAAGAUCGCGAAUACAUGAUCGAAGAAUAUUUUCACGCCAAGGCGGCAUCCCACGACGGAAAACGCCCCGACAAGCAAAUCAUGAACGAACACGGAGAGCUCGUAGACGACAAUUCCGACAAUCCCCGGCAGUGGGAUGUUUGCGUAACGACGUAUGAAAUGUGCAACACGGAACGAAAAACACUCCAAAAAUUUGCCUGGAAGUAUCUGGUCAUCGACGAAGGUAGGUUUGGUGAUUUUUGUUCUUUUUUUUCAAAAUUGUACUGCUACGUUCACCGCCGACGAGUCAACUGGAUAUCAGAAACGCGUUUUGUUUUGAGCUUCGAGCACGUUCCAAUUUUCCAGAACUAACGGUCGAACUCUUUCUGUGCUUUUUCAAACCACCUUAUAGCCCAUCGUCUCAAGAAUGACGCUAGUAUGUUCAGUACGACGGUUCGCAGUUUUUCCACCGCGAACCGGUUGUUGCUAACAGGGACACCGCUCCAAAACAACCUCCACGAGCUGUGGGCCCUGUUGAACUUUUUGCUCCCCGAUAUCUUUUCUUCGGCGGAACAAUUCGACGAAUGGUUCAAUUUAGAAAUCGACGACGAAGACUCCAAGAAGAAUAUGAUCACCCAGCUGCACAAGAUUCUGCGUCCCUUUAUGCUACGUCGACUSAAGGCCGAUGUCGCAAAGGGUCUUCCGCCGAAAACAGAAACCAUUGUGAUGGUUGGAAUGUCCAAAAUGCAGAAGCAACUGUAUAAAAAGUUGCUCCUCCGAGACUUGGAUGCAUUUACUGGAAACCAGGCCAAGAAUCGAACGGCAGUUUUGAACAUUGUCAUGCAGCUUCGAAAAUGUUGYGGGCACCCCUAUUUGUUUGAGGGCGUCGAAGACCGCACGCUCGAUCCACUGGGGGAGCACUUGGUCCAGAAUUGCGGAAAACUCUUYAUGGUCGACAAACUYUURAAACGCCUGAAGGAAAGAGAGAGCCGCGUCCUUAUCUUCACGCAGAUGACUCGCGUUCUAGAUAUUCUGGAAGAUUUUAUGGUMAUGAGAGGUUACAAAUAUUGUCGRAUCGACGGAAAUACGACCCACGAAGACAGAGAGRAUUCCAUCGAUGCGUUCAAUGCACCGAAUAGCGAAAARUUUUGUUUCAUUUUGUCGACCCGCGCAGGAGGGCUCGGAAUCAAUCUCCAAACAGCCGACAUUUGUAUCCUGUACGAUUCGGAUUGGAAUCCACAGCAGGAUUURCAAGCCCAGGACAGGUGCCACCGAUUGGGUCAGAAGAAGCCCGUCAGUGUGUACCGUCUGGUCAGYGAAAACACWAUAGAAGAAAAGAUUGUGGAGCGGGCUCARCAGAAACUCAAACUCGAUGCCAUGGUUGUCCAGCAAGGCCGUCUGAAAGAGAAAGACAAGGUGUCCAAAGAGGAGAUCUUGGCUGCGGUCCGAUUUGGAGCCGAUAAGGUCUUUCGAUCUGAAGAAUCUACCAUUACCGACGAGGACAUUGAUGUGAUUCUGGAACGAGGAAUGGCCAAAACCAAGGAGCUCCAGGAAAAGAUCCAAAACGCCGAAAAGGGAGAUUUGAUGGACUUUCGUCUCGACGGAGGUGUUUCCGCCCAAACCUUUGAGGGUGUUGAUUACAGCGACCGGGAACUGCGAGAACAAUUGAGGCUGCUGGCAGCAAAUUCGAUGGGCAAGCGCGAGCGAAGACCGCCCCCAACBGAUUACAAUCCCAUCAUGCACCAAAAGAAAUCCAUGGUCAUCAAUAACGCAAAAAUCAAACUCCCUAGAACACUGCGUCURCCACAGAUGGAGGACCACCARUUUUACAACCGUGAGCGACUGCUGGAGCUGGGCAAACUWGAGUUUGAAACGUAUGCAACACUCCGAGAGGCCAGAAAACUGCCGUCGAAAGAGUACAUUGAGAGAGUAAGAAGUCUUUUGCCCGAUGAGUUGAACGAAGAAAAAUGCGAACUGCUGGACGAGGGCUUCGGAAAUUGGAGCCGGAGUCAGUUCUUCCAUUUUGUGAAAUGCAAUGGCAAGUACGGACGAGACGACAUUGCCAGCAUUGCAGCAGAACUGGACAUGUCGGAAGAGCAGGUUCGGCCCUACAGCGUUGCGUUCUGGAAGUACGGCCCCACCGAACUCAAGUCGGAAUGGGAACGCUUCACAAACAUGAUUGAACGAGGAGAGAAGAAACUCGAAAAGCAGAAAAAGCUGACGCAGACGCUCAAGAAGUUUGUGUCGACGUUUGAGAAUCCGCGACAGAACCUGGUCUUUGCCAACAAGGGAACGACUCACUUUGCCCUCGAACAAGACCGUGCGCUUCUGUGUGCCGUCGAUGCCGGGGGCUACGGGAACUGGGACAGGGUGAGGGAGGACCUCCGCAAAGACAGGAAACUGAAAUUCCAGCACACCGUUCAGGGGAUGACCACGGCGAUGAUCACAAAGCGGGCAGACUAUCGCAUCMGRCAGGUGGAGCGCGAACUAGAGGCACGCGAGAAGGCCCUCGAGAAGUUUCGACCGACCAGUGCGAUCGCUGCGCAGAAGGCCCUGGAUUCCAUCAAGGUCAUGGAAAAGUACGAAAUAGAUGCGCGGACCAACGAGCUGCAGGGCGAAGAGCCGCCGAAAAUCGACAUGUUUGACGCAGAAACAAAGACGAUYUACCUGGAGCGCCAAAAAGAAAAAGAACAGUGCGUGCGGCGCUUGCAAGAAAUCGAGGGCCAGGUCAAUCGAUGCCUUCUCAUGGCGGAGGAAACCCGGCGAGGAAUCAUCCGUGGUGACCAGUACGUCAACUUUAGCAACAUCAAUCUAAAGGGAGGAACGAAAUUCACCACCGCCGGGGGAGAAAACACCUUCGAGGUACUGCCCGACCUCGAGAGCGGAAAACUCGAGGCGCGGUUCAACAGGCACAUUCUCUCGAUUCCCGAGUGUGGCCAGUGCGAGAACUGCGUGAACAAGGGAACCCUUCGAAGACUCUGCGUGAAACGGCUGGAAGAACGACAGAGACUCCUCCGCAACGAAACCAAGACUGUUUUGAAGAAAAUGGGCAAGUCCACCGCCAACAUCAUACCGGGCAUGAUCACCACCUCCACGGCCGUUUCCAAGAAGGAAAACAAGUCGUCCUCGAGCAACGGUGGYAGCAAAAAGCGCAAGACCGARCCGAGCGAAASCGACGACCGCACCGCCAAGAAAUCCAAGCCCGCUCCUUCCUCCAAGAAGAAGAGCCCCAAGAUGAUGAUGACGGCCAACGGGAUGAAGCCCCGGGUCACGUCCCAGGGCAACAAGCGCAUGUCGAUCCCGGACGAGGCCUUUCCCGAUUUCUGCCGGCGGAUCGGCCCCUACGGCACCGGCGAGCGCAUGAAGCUCAUCAACAAGUUUGCGGAGGACUACCCCGAGACGUCGAUCCGCCAGGUGACCCUCAAGCUGGGGGAAAUCACCUGCAAGGAGCCCCCCGCCUGCGUGGACAUGACCGGCCGGAAGGUCCGUGCCUUUAUGUUCUACCUCCGGCCCCGCUUCUACAAGUACCUGUACCCCGAGGACCGGCCGGACAACUGGGAGCAGUUUGCCGACCUGGACGACAAGCUGUGGGAGAUGGAAAAGGAGCAGAUCCGCCUCAAGAAGGAGAGGGCCAUGAAGAAACUCGCCGAGGCGGCGGAAAGCGAGAGCGUUUCCUCGGACCGGAUCGAGGGCGCGAGCAACGUGUCUCCCUCCGUCACCGGGGACGACGACGGGGACGACACGGAAGACGAGGGCGGUGGCGAAUCGGCGGUGAAGCGGCUAAAGGUGGAGGCGUCGCCGUAGCAGGCGAGAUCCAAACCGUGCGWAGGGCGUUGGAAACCGCGAACGAAAGGCAGCCCGAACGAAUCUAAUCAAUACAAUCCUAGUGGUGCGGAAACACCACAACCGAAGAAAUGCCAGAGCAAUCGAUGCCAGGGUUUUUGUAUCAAGUCAUCAUGUAGAUAUAAAAUCUAGCUAGCUCC